GCGUAUGCCCACUUAUCUUGGGUCCUUGCUGCGGCUGUAGGGCGUCUAGGGCUGCUGGUCAGCUCUGGUCUAGACGCGCGGGGGUCUGCAAGCGUGAGGCAGCCUUCCAACCUGGCUUCCCGGGAUGUCGGUGGCCUUCGUGCCGGACUGGCUGAGAGGCAAGGCGGAAGUCAAUCAGGAGACGAUCCAGCGGCUCCUGGAGGAGAAUGAUCAGUUGAUCCGCUGUAUUGUGGAAUAUCAGAACAAAGGCCGGGCGAAUGAAUGCGUCCAGUACCAGCAUGUGUUACACAGAAAUCUCAUUUAUUUGGCCACCAUCGCAGACGCCAACCCAACCAGUGCUUCAAAAGCAAUGGAAUAAUCUUCCAGUUGGCUGUUGUGAGGAGUAAUCAAAUGUAAUCUAUUUCCUAGGAAAUGGAGGCAGGAUCCUUACCAACUCACCUGCUUUGAAGGUGAAUGGAACCUCUGUAGCUCUUUUAAAAAUGUGAAAAUGCAAAGAAAGCUACUAAAUUAACCGUAUUCUCAGAGAGAAUAUUUAUUUUAAUAAUUAAGCGGAUUCGCUCAAUUAAGUUGACUCCAGGUGUCCUCCUUCCUGAAAUAAGUGUGUUUGGACAUCAGGGGCAUCUUCGAGUCUACCUUUUCAGUUUCAACCUGAAGAGGAAACUGAGCAGGUAUUGGGCGAGACUCCCGACUGAGACCCUGCCAAUGGACAUGUAACUGUGUGUGCCCUCCUACCAGUUUGUGGUUGUGGACCCCCUGACUGCUCUUUUCAGGUUGCUUUGAAAUAAAGCUUGCCUUUCCACAAAAAACU